AUGGCAAGAACCAAGCAGACCGCCCGUAAGUCCACCGGUGGCAAAGCCCCGAGGAAGCAGCUCGCCACCAAAGCCGCCCGUAAGAGCGCUCCCGCCACUGGCGGCGUGAAGAAGCCUCAUCGUUACAGGCCCGGCACCGUGGCUCUGAGAGAGAUCCGCCGCUACCAGAAGUCCACCGAGCUGCUCAUCCGCAAACUGCCUUUCCAGCGCCUGGUGAGAGAGAUCGCUCAGGACUUCAAGACGGAUCUGCGCUUCCAGAGCUCCGCCGUCAUGGCUCUGCAGGAGUCCAGCGAGGCUUAUCUGGUCGGUCUGUUCGAGGACACAAACCUGUGCGCCAUCCACGCUAAGAGGGUCACCAUCAUGCCCAAAGACAUUCAGCUGGCCCGCCGCAUCCGCGGAGAGCGCGCUUAAGUCCCGCUUUAAUAACAACUCAACGGCUCUUUUAAGAGCCACCACAUCAACUGAACGACACGAUUUCCACCG